AUGGAACUUCACUUGCAUUUAUCUGCUGCUUUCCGUUCUUUGGAUCGUAAAUGGGGAACGCCAAUAGAUUUGGACGAUGAGAAUACACUGACUUGUGUUCCAGCAGUAGUAGACGUACCUACUACCACUUUUUCCUCUGAAGAGUUUUUAAUGACGUUAAAACGUGAAAAAAAAAUUGUGAAUGGAAAUAGAAAACGAAGAUGCGACUCAUUUUCCAAUAUAUCAGUGUCUAGAAUAUUUUCUGAAGAAUAUCUAAAUGUAUGUGCUUAUGAUCAAUCAUUAAUAUAUGAUAUAGAUAAUUUAACACCAUACGAGGAUGAUGCAAAAAUAAAUUCAGAAAAUUCAAUAAAUACAUCCUCUUCUGUUACUAAGAAGUGGAAAUUGAAAAGAAUCAUGAAGAAUUUAAAAAAUAACUCUGUUCAAUAUAUCGCAAAAAGGUUCAAGAAGGAAUCCCAG